GGCGGUCUGCAACUUGACCCCUUCGGAGCCCCGCACACUCCAGGCGCUGUCAGCCUCCCGUUCUCCACCGGCCUCUCUGUUCCCACCGCCGCCCGCGCGACAUUCGGCGGACAGCCCGCGCGACGCGCCUGGCUUCGGAAGCAGAGCGGAGUCGAGAGGAGAGGUGAUCCCCAAUGGCCACCUUCCCGUCCCCCGGGCUGUAACCGCCUGGGCUCCUUUAGAUCCAAUGGGGCAUCCGCAGCGGGGGCGGCGCUCCGAACCGCAGGGAACUGUGGAAUUUGUAGUUCGAAGCUAGGUCGGGGAGCGUGGGGGAGCAGGGAAACGGGGUCUCGAGCAGGACAGAAACAAAAUCGAGAAACUUGCAGGAUAAGGAGUCUCGGCCUCAGCGGGAUGGGGAAGGGUGAACCGGCAUUAGGAUCAGAACCCUGCAGUUAGCACUAUUUCAGUUUUCUUUUCAGGUGCUAACUUGAACCUGUAGCGUCCAUCGACUGUUCAAGGUGGGAGUGACCAGGCGGCCACAUGGAGUUGCCACCAGUCAGCCAGGCGGGAGAAAGAGGCACUUCUCCACUGCAGCCACCGUGGAAACAGAGACCUGGGGAGAUGAGGCCACAGCCCCUAGAGCCUCAGCUGGGACUGUGCCCAGACUCAGCCGACCUCAUGCCGCAGAGUCCUGGACACGAAGGAGGCACUGCUGCAUCUCAGGGAUCAGCCAACGAGGGGCCAGGGCUCCCAGCUUCUGACCUCUGGUCCUGCCCGGACGGGAGCUUUGUCAAGAAGAUCAUCACCCGGGGCCGUGGCUUGGACAAACCUAAGCUAGGCUCCCGCUGCCGGGUGCUGGCUUCUGGGUUUCCUUCUGGGUCCGGGCCUCCUGAGGGCUGGACGGAGCUGACCAUUGGUGUGGGGGCCUGGAGGGAGGAGACAUGGGGGGAGCUUGUGGAGAAAUGCUUGGAGUCCAUGUGUCAGGGUGAGCAGGUGGAGCUGCAGCUUCCUGGACACUGUGGACCUCCUGUGGGGCUCACGCUGGCCUCCUUCACUGCCGGCCGGGACUCCUGGGAGCUGGCGGCCAGCGAGAAGGAGGCCUGGGCCAGGGAAGAACGGGACAGGGGCACGCAACUCUUCCGAGCUGGGAACCCUCAGGGGGCCGCCAGGUGCUACGGACGGGCCCUCCGGCUGCUGCUGACUCUGCCCCCACCUGGUCCCCCAGAACGGACAGUGCUGCACGCCAAUCUGGCUGCCUGUCAGUUGCUGCUGGGGCAGCCCCAGUUGGCGGUGCAGAGCUGUGACCGGGUCCUGGAAAGGGAGCCUGGCCACGUGAAGGCUCUGUACCGCAGGGGCGUUGCACAGGCGGCCCUUGGAAACCUGGACAAAGCAGCUGCUGACCUCAAGAAGGUGCUGAGCAUGGAUCCCAAAAACCGGGCUGCCCAGGAGGCGUUAGAGAGGGUGGUACGUCUGGAGAAGAAGCAGGAGGCGGGGCUGGCUCAGGGGCUGCGCAAGAUGUUUGGCUGA